AUAAUUGUUUACUCGCGCUUAAGAUAAAUAAUUAAUAAAGAAUUAAAAUAUUUGAAUGAUUAAAAAAAUUUGUACAUCACCGAAAGAUACAAAUGAUAAUGUGUCGAUUAUUAAACAAUAAUAUUGUUAUUAUUUCCUGAAUAAAGUAGCCGUUUGCCUGAUAAACGUAUAAUGUAUCGUCAGAGAUUUAAGGGACAAUAGGCGAUAAAAAGUUGUAUGUAAUUUUAAUUAUGAAUAACAUGUAAUAUUCUUAAUACCUUUUGUAAAUCACUCAUAAAUAUACUAAAUUAAUCUAUUCGGAUAAUUUUUCAUAAUAAUUCGAUGUUCAACUUUUUUUUAAUUUUUUACACAUUAAAAUAUUUAAAAGAUAUAUAAUAAAAAGUAAAUUACAGUUUCUACUUGUAAUUACAUGUUUAAUGUUAAUUUGCAUCGAUGAAGAAUGUAACAUAGAUAAAAUGGUUAUCUUAUUUCUUAUAGAACCCCAGAGGUAUUUCAGUUGCCACGCCUAAAUUUCUUCCAAUUGAGGGAUAUCUCCCUUCCCCCACUUUACCCGGAUAUGGAGUAAUGUUUCCUGUACAGUCGGUGUAACAUCUAUAUUUCAAUGAGGCCACAAUAAAUAAUUUGGUUUUGUUAUAUGACUUUGGUCAUCAGUUAGUUAAUUACAAGAAAGUAAAAGUAAUGUGGAUUCAAACAAAAGUUGUGAAGUAAAGUCACCUGGUCACUUCUACGCCGUUUUAUUUGACGCAUGUAUUUUCGGUAUGGUUGUGAUACAAUCGUGUUCUGUCACAAUACGGCGCCCUUUUGUCUAAAAUUUGGUUUCGGAUUAUUUUUUUAAUAUUCUUCGGCUGCACUCAAUUAGUAAUUUCUCCUCUGUAGGUUACUUUUUUAGAAAAAAAUGUCUACUGAAAGUGUGAAAACUUUUGCUAGCCUUGAAACUCCUGGAUAUGUGGGAUUUGCAAAUUUACCCAAUCAAGUACAUAGGAAAUCUGUAAAGAAAGGAUUUGAAUUUACGUUAAUGGUUGUUGGAGAAUCAGGUCUUGGAAAAUCUACGUUAGUCAAUAGUCUAUUUCUUACUGACUUAUAUCCAGAACGUGUAAUUCCUGAUGCUAUAGAAAAAACUAAUCAAACUGUAAAGCUCGAUGCUUCUACUGUGGAGAUUGAAGAAAGAGGAGUUAAACUUAGGUUGACUGUUGUCGAUACACCUGGUUAUGGAGAUGCAAUUGAUAAUACAGAUAGUUUUAGAGCUAUUAUACAGUACAUAGAUGACCAAUUUGAAAGAUUCUUACGUGAUGAAAGUGGCUUAAAUAGAAGAAAUAUAGUAGAUAAUAGAAUACACUGCUGCUUUUAUUUUAUUUCUCCAUUUGGUCAUGGAUUGAAACCAUUGGAUAUAGAAUUUAUGAAACAACUCCAUAAUAAAGUCAAUAUUGUGCCAGUAAUUGCUAAAGCAGAUGUACUUACAAAAAAAGAAGUUUUACGCUUAAAAAAGCGUGUUAUGGAAGAAAUUGAGGGCAGUGGUAUCAAAAUCUAUCCUCUGCCAGAUUGUGAUAGCGACGAAGACGAAGAUUACAAAGAACAAGUUAGACAACUAAAAGAAGCAGUUCCUUUUGCAGUAUGUGGAGCUAACACUCUGUUAGAAGUAAAGGGGCGUAAAGUACGUGGACGCUUGUAUCCAUGGGGAGUUGUAGAGGUUGAGAACCCUGAUCAUUGUGAUUUUAUAAAAUUGAGAACAAUGUUGAUCACACAUAUGCAGGAUUUGCAGGAAGUGACACAAGAGGUACAUUAUGAAAACUAUCGUAGUGAAAGACUGGCAAAAGGAGCUCCUGUUCCACCUCGCAGACAAACUAUUAUGGAAUCCGAGAAAUCUCAUGCAGUGUCUGAAAAAGAUCGUAUUCUACAAGAAAAAGAUGCGGAAUUACGACGAAUGCAAGAACUCGUGGCAGUAAUGCAAGCACAAAUGCAACAGCAGCAUCCAUAAUUAUAUACUCUAUGCAAAACUGCAUAAAGAUACACACAAAUUGAUCACCAUUGAAGGUGCCAAAAAGAUAAAUAAUUAUUAUGCUAUCCAAGAUAAAAUGUAAUAGGAGUGCAUAGUUUCAUAAAUUGAUUUGUGGCAAACGUAUUAUGUAAAGAUACGUUUUUUAAUUCAGUAUUUUCUUUAAAUACUAAGUCAAAUAAUAUUCAUAUUCGAGUGUCUUAUACAAAAGUCAAAACAGAAAUGUGCGAUAAGUGCCUUGCAUAUUCCUUUUAAAUAGAACAAUUUACAGUUCCAUUAUUGAAAUAACUCAUCAUAUUAAAGUAAAUUUAUGUAAUAGUUGAAGGAUACAGUACAAUUCAAAUUUGCUAAAACAUACUAGAUAUAUUGUACGACUUACAUAAACAAUUUAGAUAAUUCAAAUUAUAACAUUAUAUUUAAUGACUUGAAAAUCAUGAGAAGACAUUUUAACGAUGUAAGUGAAACAAAUAUCAAUGUAUUACGUAAAUUUAUUUUUUCUUAACUAUUGUACUUAUGUAUGCAUUUUUAUACUAAGAACAUCAUCACACUUUUGUAUGUAUUAUACAGAUACACCCAAAGUGUAUUUUACACCUUUUUUAUACAAAUAUACCGAUUAUAAUUUGUGUCA